AUGGGAUCUGAGGAAUCCAAUCCUCGAUCCUCAACAAAGUUCCAUUUCUUCAUGGAGCUACCUGUCGAGCUGCGUCUAAAGAUAUACCGUCUUGCUAUCAGGGACUCAUUCUCCGAGUUCGGAGUACCUCGUUUAUUCUUUGAACAACAUCGCGAGAAGGAUCGAACUGAAUUCUUUCUGGACCUUUUCCCGUCGCAUCCUAUCAUAGCCCAGUGGAAAACAGAAGACGAGGUCUCCAAAGGCGAGCUUACGCAAGACGACGUUGAGAAGCAAUUAAAGGGUGCAGCCUUGUUACCAAUCCAGAGUAGAUUGAGUCUAUAUGCUCAUGCAAUAUGCCGCCUUGCAUUUCCGCUGGAGUUAGCUCGAAGACAAAGUGGGCCCCCUCUAUUCAUGAGUGCUAGAGGAGUAGCUCCAAAUCUCAAAGAGAUCAUUGCUGUUAUCUUUCCUAUCAAGAUGACGAAUGGUAUAAUCGACAUGGACGAAACCGAGAUGAUACCUCAUCAAGAGAGAGCCGUUUUGGAGUCGUCCUGUGAUCGAGGGCAAUGGAAGUUGGUUGAGAGAUUCUGCUACGAGGCUACCCUUCAUAUAAAUCUAGAUAAGACACCUACGCUAACUUUUAUGGUGGAUAAAAGUUUCAUUAAAAGUAAGACGAGAGAUGAACCAAGUCAAGAGUAA